AUGUUUAAAUUUUAUGAUAAAAAAAAUAAUUUUAAUCCUAGCCUAGAUAUCGAUUCUUUCAUUUAUAACAUUGAUUCCCUAAAUUCCAAAAACUAUUCCAAUUUAAAAUAUUUUUCCGCUUCAGAGAUUACCAAAUGGAAUGGAAUCUUAACCUCUCUGAGCUCAAACUUUGGGAAAAUGAGCCCCGGAAAUAUCGUACACAUUUUUCAAGAUGGAAAUGAAACAUUAACUGACAUGCUGAAAGAGAUAAAUAAGGCUAAAGAAAGCGUUUUUUUGGAGAUGUACAUCUUUGAUGAUUCGCCCGUGGCAGAAAUCUUCGCAAACGCACUCAAGAACGCAGCAUUACGCGGCUGUAAAAUAGUUUUACUAUUAGACUACAUUGGAUCUAUCCGGUUCUCCAGUAAAAUUCAGCGUGAAUUAGAAGAAGUGGGAGUUAAAAUCCACUUUUUCAACCCUUUAAGACUGAACAACUCUAUUGGACCAGUUACAUUUAGAAACCACAAGAAACUUUUAAUCAUCGAUCAAAAAACCGCAUAUUGCGGAUCACUUAAUAUUUGCAAAAGUUCAGUUGGAGAGGAUCUUGGAGGAGAUGGGGGAUAUAUUGAUGUCAAUGUUAGGAUCAAUGGUCCCUCAGUAUAUGACCUGUGCAUGUCAUUUUUGGAAUCACUUAAAAUAGCCAAAGUUAACACUGAUGAUUUAAAAUUUUCAGAGAGGUCAGAACCACUACCGGGCGGCUCUAUUGUCCAAAUCUUUGAAUCAAACACACGAAAAAAUAAAAAAGACGUUCUUAACUCAUUACUACUAGUCAUUUCCAAGGCAUCAAAUAGUAUACAUUUAUCUACGAGCUACUUCAUACCUCCCGGAUCUCUGAGAAGGUCACUCAUUUCUGCCAAGAACAGGAACCUUAAUAUAAGGAUGCUACUUUCAGGCAACUCUGACCUCCCUGGUGACACUUCAUCGACGUACUACAUUCUUAAGAAGUUUUUUGUACCUCAUAACCAUCCAGUCUUAUUAAUAAGAAGCCGGUUCGCAAAACCAAUUGGGAACAACUUCAAGGUAUUCAUGACCAGAAACAGACACUAUCAUGGAAAGGUAAUGGUGGUGGACGACAUUUGGAGCUCAAUUGGGAGCUUUAACUGGGAUAGAUUAUCAAGCAGAAGAAAUAUGGAAAUAACGCUGGGUAUAUUCGACCCAUUAGUGGCCCACAAACUUAAGCAAGUCCAGCUGGAAAAUGAAAAGGAAUCCUACGAGUAUACUAGAAAUCACUCCCUAAACAGAAUGAAAAUACUCAAGAUGUACGACUGCAUCACAUACCACAUCGCAAGGUUUUCAGAAGGAAAUUUGGUCGACGGACUAUCAAACGAAAGGUUCAACGUGGUUUUCAAAAAAACUUUCAUCAGAACUUUCGUUGACCAAAACGUUAGCGAGAUGUUUCUAACUUCAAACAUCUCAUCUGUAUAA